AUGGACAAGACUUCAACAACGCCGCCGGUAAAUGAAACUGAUCUGCUACACAUUCCUCCCGUUCCUCCUCCUCCCCCGCCAUUGCUGACUGAGGAUCAAUAUGGCGACCCAUACGAGCUUCCGCGCGAAAUCUCGGAGAGCAUUCGCCCUCUUCUUGUCAUUAGCGGACGUGCUACUUCUUCAGAGAUUCUCCCAAUCUUGGAGCGAAUCCAUCCAUUAUUGGUAGCCUAUGUAGAAGAAAUCAAGAAUAGGAAGCAGCGAGACAACCGUAUGGGCGUCCUGUUACGCCAAACAUGCUAUUAUUUUGCUUCUCAGCUCCCUCUCCGCCACCAUAAUAUGAAGGAGUGGAGUAUUUGGGUUCCCGCAGCCGAUGACUACGACUCGUUAGGCCCAGAAAAGGCCAUCGGAGAAACAGAGCUAUUUGAUAGCACGCAUCGUUACAAACGUCGCGAGGCACAGUACCUCAGCUACAAGACCGAGUGGCUCAAACUGAAUGAUGCAUACAAAAACGCAGUUGAGAAACGUGACAAGGCCAUAGCUGCUCGCGAGAAGGCGGAACGCGAUAGACUCGCCGCAGAAUUGGAAGCCAAAAAAAAACUCGAGGAGAAGGAAAGGAAGCAGCCUGCUGGCGCCCUACAGUUCAAAUUCGGUUCGAAGUCUACGCACGCCAAAAACAAUCGGAAAGGCGGGCAAUUCAAGGUCCAGACACCGGAAAGCAUAUAUCACCAGCUCACUUUGAAGAGACCUUCUGGCUGCGACUCUGCGUCGAAAGUUCCUCGUCUUGACACACCAAACAUGUGUUCAACCCUACUGGCACCUUCGAAUCCAGAGAUGAAUGAUGUCACGUUCCCUGGCGAAUUCUCCUCUGGUUCUGUGUUGCUUUCCCGUGCCUUGGAUUUGGGACCUCCCGGACGUCCUGUGACCAUGACGAGUCUGCUUCGGGCGCUUGCACACGUUGCCGCAACGGUCACAAACGUUGCGAGUCACUUGCUCAUCAUGAUCAUUGCCUCUGAGGUUGACAAUAUGGAGGUACUGGUUUCUAAUUUGAUGAAUAGCCUGACUUCCAUCCAAUCUGACGGUGCCCCACGUGAUGCCAUUCCCGUAUCGAAAGCGAUGGCACUCAAACACCCCCUUCUUCAGCGCUUGAUCGACGCAGGUCUGCUAAAAUCGGAAGAUCUCAACCUCACCGGUCCUCCAACACAUGACCAUGACUCCUAUGUCAGUUCAGACUUCGCAGAGAGUAGUUCUGUAUCCAUAAACACUCGUUUGAACUUCCGUGGUUGCGACCAGAUGUCGGGUGAUGAAGUAGCAGCUGUUGAGAAGUAG